AUGGGUGCUUCAAAUUUUUUCCAGCAUCCGCUCCAGCGACUCCCGAGUCCCUCUCGGGGGUUGUCUGCUUUUAUCCAUAUCAGCGGUUUAGCGAGCUUCAUAUGGUCUUUCAAGUACAUGCAUGAGAAUCCUAAUCGCGCAAAUGAGGCAUAUGGCUGGCACUUUCAGUAUCUGACAGUCAUUGGCCUCACUCUCUCUACAGUCACCUUUUUGGUUGCUCUGCUUGCGGAUUUGACUUUAUCGCGACGACUGUUUCUGAUCAAGAAUUUGUUGUUGAUAUGCAGUGCUCCCAUGGAGGUACUGAUAAGUGUCCUGUACUGGGGCUUACGUUUGAUUGAUGAGCGUCUGGUGGUUCCUGACUGGGCUGUAAUCCCAUUGCAUGCUGAUCUCGGCUUCCAUGCGGUCCCCUCUAUUGUAAUGCUGCUGGAUUUGCUUUUCUUCUCGCCACCCUGGACCAUCUCUGCGUUGCCAUCCCUGGGCCUCUCCAGUGCGAUUGCCUUUGGUUAUUGGGUCUGGAUUGAGCGUUGUUUCUUGUACAAUGGAUGGUACCCGUACCCAAUUUUCGAGCAACUUUCCACAACUGGCCGUGCUGGCUUAUUUUCACUGAGCGCCGUCGUUAUGGCCAUGAGCACAGUGACUCUGAAGUGGCUUUAUGGUCGUAUCAAUGGAUUUGGCACUCCCUUUCCUGCGCAAUCUCGACCUGGUGACAUUAGGAAGAACGAAAGGCUUUGA